UAACAUCAUCAAAUGAGCAGCAUUAAACAAACAUGGAUUAUGAAAUGACUGCUGUUUGUACUUCCUGAGUCAUGACGGGCUAUAAAACUCAGUGGAAAUUAUUCACGCUUUUUAAAGUAUUAUUGCUGAGCUUUAUUUUAUCGGUUACGCUGUUGUUUCUUGUUGCCACAGUUAGGACGUUUACAUUUGAUGUCAGUGCGGGACUUCAUUUAGGAAAAUGGGAAAAUACAAACACAAUUGCUCCUCGUUUAACUCCGCAACAGAGAAAGGAUCUGCUGGCCAACUUCAAAGCUGCUAUUCAGAUUCCCACAGUUGCAUUUACGGAGACGAAUAUAAACACGGAUGCGCUGCGUGAGUUUGACGCGCUGAUGAGGAGAGCUUUCCCAAAGGUCUUCUCAUCCAGCCUGGUCAAACAUGAGACAAUAUCAAACUACAGUCACCUGUUUACAGUGUCAGGCACUGAACUCAAUCUGGAGCCCUACAUGUUGCUGGCACACAUUGAUGUAGUGCCCGCUGAUGAGGCGGACGGGUGGGAUGCUCCUCCUUUCUCUGCUAAAGAAAUGAAUGGCUUCAUUUAUGGACGAGGGACCAUCGACAAUAAACAGUCUGUGAUGGGGAUCCUUCAGGCGUUGGAAUAUCUACUGGAACGAGGUUACACUCCUCGACGCACCUUCUACAUUGGUUUGGGUCACGAUGAGGAGGUGAAUGGCUUACAGGGUGCAGUGAAUAUUGUGAAGGUUCUCAAGAGUCGUGGGGUGAAGCUUCAGUACGUUUUAGAUGAAGGUCUAGCAGUGCUGGAUGGUAUCAUAAACGGUCUGGAUGGACCUGUUGCUUUAAUAGGUGUCAGUGAGAAGGGUCAGGCCACAGUAAAGCUGACUGUUAAUACUGCACCAGGACAUUCAUCAAUGCCUCCAAGAGAAACCAGUAUUGGCAUAUUGGCUUCAGCAGUCAGAAGGUUGGAGGAUAAUCCAAUGCCAAGACUGUUUGGUUAUGGACCUGAACGUGGCACAUUUGAACACCUGGCACAUCGGUUUGGCCUACCUCUCAGAUUCAUCAUGUCUAAUCUGUGGUUAUUCUCUCCAUUGAUCAGCAGAGUAAUGGAGCGAAAACCUGAUACAAACGCAUUUGUGAGGACAACAACAGCCGUAACCAUGUUUAACUCCGGUGUAAAGGUUAAUGUCUUACCGCCGCACGCGGAAGCUUUCGUCAAUCUGCGAAUCCACUCGGCCCAAACGUUGCAGGAGGUUAUGGACUUGAUCGGGUCAAUUGUAUCAGAUGAGCGUGUGAAGAUAGAGUUGGUCAACGGGUUCGAUCCAUUGCCCAUCAGUUCCUAUGACGAACGGUCAUUUGGUUACCAAAUCAUUAAGAAAACUGUGCAAGGCAUGUUUCCUCACGUCAGUGUGGCUCCUGGUAUUUGUGUUGGCAAUACUGACAGUCGUCACUAUAAGGACAUCGCUCGAGACAUUUAUCGCUUUGCCCCAUCGUGGUUUAAACCAGGUGAUCCUCAGAGAUUUCAUGGUGUGAACGAGAGAAUCUCCAUCAAGAACUAUGAAGAGCUCGUGCUGUUUUACUUCCAGCUCAUCCAGAAUAAUGAUGUAAGGACGUUGCCUUCACCUCACAGCAGCCAGCAUGAGCUGUAGGACUUUCGGCAAUACAAGACAUUAAGGUUGACACUCAGCAUAGGGAGAUUUGUUUUAAUGAAUGUAAAAUUUUAAUGUAUACAAAAUUAUAAGUAGAACCACUACAGAAAGGCGUUUUGGGGCCCUAUACAUUUUAGUGACGUAGAUAGUAGGGCUGGGGAAAAAUUUAUUUUUCGAUUAAUCGCUUUUUUUACGUGGUCGAUUAAAAAUCGAUUCUCAAAGGCCACGAAUCAAUUUCUUUAUGAAAUAAUCUGAUCCUGUUUAAUCAAGGACUGCGGCUGUUUUGACUUUAUUCAGCAUACAUUUUUCAUCUUGCAUCAAAAUUGUAUUGUAUUUAACAUAAUUGUAUGCAUUUAAAAUAAAAUAAAAAGUGUAAUAUUAAUUUUUAAUUUCUUUUUAUUAAUUACCCACCUUACCAACUUUAUUUAUAAAAAAACUGUAAAAAAUAAGUAUUUGUAUUAAAUCUACAUUCAUUGAGUUGAAUCGACAAUCGACUACUCUUAAUGGAGUGAUAUCAUGAACAAGGCAUUGCACUGAAAUUAUUAAUGAUUGCUAUGAGUAACUUUAUUGGCUGAAAUAUAAAAACUCCUUUAAAGUGACUGAUCACCAAUACAGUUCCUCACACACUUACUGUAGGGAAUCACAGCCAGUGUUUGGUAUUUUAGGGAUACACGAAUACAGUUUGAAAAAACAUCCUACCAGUUUGCAUUGUUUGGAUCCUACAUGCUUGUUUACGAGGUGCAGAUAUGCCGUGUUACCGGUUUGGAUAAACCCUUUGUUUCAGACAUACCCUGAGCACUUCCUAGUUAUUCACAAAUGUGUUUUGCAUUUGUAUGGGUUUUUUUUUUUCAAAUAUGGGCCAACAGGUUCUUUUUAGAUUCAGUCUGUCUAAUAAUCAUCUGCCGAAAAAGACUGAAGUGCUUUAUUUCACCCUUAAAGGAAGGUAAAUAGUUUUAGUCUGGUGAAAGGUUUAAAGUGUGGGUCAAUAAACCCAAAUUUGCUUUUGGAGAUCAGUUACAUAAAGUUUGCUGUUAGAGAUCUGUACUGAGCUAAACAAAGAGUGCUUUUGAUUUUUGGACGUUACCUUGAAUUCUUGAUUCUGUUUUGCACUGAUCUGUACUGUAAUUUUUUUAAUGUAUUGUUUUGAUUAUCUUAACAUUUCAUGAUGGAUAAUAAAUAAUUAAAAAACACAAACAUAUGUAGUAUUU